AUGGCGUCCUCAAACAAUAUGGUCCCUGUUGGCUGUUGCUUUGGGUUGUUAAAGUUGCUGCUAGAAAACCCGACGCCAGUGAGCUUGACAGCUUCUGGGGAUCAACACUAUGUCUUAGAAGCUGCAGCACUCUACUUGCCCCUCCAAACCAUCUCCUACAUGAGGAAGUUCCUACGCCUUUGUGCACAAAAUCACACAGUUGUUGAGCCCCUUGAGACACCUCCACUAUCACCAACAUCACCCAGAGCAGAUCUGAAUGCAGUGAUUGACGGAGACAUGAGUGCUAUUCUCUCGUUUGUUCUUACAAAAGAUUAUUCUGCAGAAAACAUUCUCUUCCUACGCCAUGUUCGCAACUGGAAAGCCAACUGGGAGCGUUUUUCAGCAGAUCAUGACAAUCCUGAAUCCCUCCGCCGCCACAUGUUCACUCACGCUGUUGAAAUUUACUCAACAUAUGUCAGCCUGCGCACCGCCAAUUUCCCAGUCAACAUCGAAGCGGCCAUUUCAUCCGCCCUUGACAAUAUUUUCUCCGAAGCCACACAGUUAAGCGCCUCUGGCGACUCUGGCAACCUGAUCACUCCGUUUGAUUCUGUUAUCGACACCAGCCAGGGAAACAAUAGCGAGCCGGCCAUCCCGCUUCGAAAUCUGGGUCGUCAGUCUUCCAGUUCCUCGCGGCCUAGGCGUGCCCCAAGCAUGACAGAAAAUGCUUCUAGUGAGAUGGUUGAGCGGUACGUGAAAGUCAUUCUAGCCGACCUUAAGAAGAUAGAAGAGCGCCCAUCGAGCAUGCCCGAGGGAUUCACCAUUCCUGAAGCUUUUGAUAAGGAUGUAUUCGAGGAGGCUGAGAGGUCCGUUAUGAAUCUGGUGUUGAGGGAUACGUGGCCGAAGUUUCUGAGGUCUGAAGGGCGACACGAGGCUGGGAGAGCCACCGAGAGUGCAUAGGGACUUUGAAGGAUGAAAUAAAGCAGGAUUGAAAAGAUCUGGAGAUGUUGAGAAAGGUUAUGCUAUUAUUUUAAAGAUAUCUUGUGGCUCUUCUGGUUUUUCUGGAUAUCAAAGUGAGUACACAAGCUCUAGGUACUAGUCCUUUCCAACCUUAAAGAAAUGUUAAAAGCAAAGAAUGUAAAGCAUG